AUGAUACGCGGUUCCAAUUUCUGCCCUCUAGAGUGUCCGAUUUACUAUGAACCUAUUAUCCAUUCAAUCGGUGUAGUGUCCACUAUUUGUAAUUUAUUUGGGAUUUAUUUAACACUAACCAAGUCCAAGAAAAAUACGAAUUACAGAUUUUGUCAACUUUAUGUUCAGAUAACCGCGCUAAUCACGGAAAUUGAUUUAUCAAUUAUCAAUCCUGCUUAUUUCUUCUUCCCAAUGAUUGGAGGUAUGAAUUGUGGAGUGAUGCGAGAGUUCCAGGUGAAGUACGGAGUGACGUCACACAUUUGUAUCACAUUUUUUGCCUUCAUCUUUUGCAUGCAAGUUCCAGCACUGCUCACGUGUUUCAUGUACCGUCAUCAGGCAGCCGCAAAGUGUAGUCCGGAUAAAGCCUGGAGCCUUUCGAAAUUGCACAGUAUCUCACUUCUAUUUGUCUAUCAUGCAUUUCCAGUGAUCAUUGCAUUUUCUUUGUAUCAUUCUGGACUGUCGAUGGAGCAAAAGGAAAUCUCUAUUAUAGAGAACUAUCCCGAUUGCUACCCAUCGCUUCAAGAUUUUACUUUCGAUUUUUACGAUUAUAAAGAAAACUCGACAUUUGUGGCAUUCGGAAUUCUAAUCUCCGUUUAUUAUGUGAUGGCUGGUGUCAUAGGAUUUGGGCUUGCUUGGAGAACUGGUCAAGUUCUCAAUCGAUAUCGCUACAUCAUGUCGGCUAGAACUUAUCAAUUGCACAAGUCUUCUAUGAUAACGUUGACAACUCAGGUCACCGGUCCAGCGUUGGUUCUUGGCAUACCAGUGUUUGCUGUCUACGUAGUUGUAGCGAGUCAACUUGCACAACUCCAUGCGCUAGCCGCCACUGCUCCAUUCUUCAUCUGCAUGCACUCUGCGGUGACGACUGGAUGUCUAAUUAUGACCACUGCUACAUUCAAAAACUUUGUGACAAAAAAGUACGAAGAAUUCAAGGAAAAAUUACCAUGCAAAAAAUCGAGGCCAACAUUUGUGGCUGUGACAAGUCCUUGUCCCAUGGCAGUGAGACCGAUUCCCAGUGGGGUUCAUACGUACUUUUGA